UUUGUUACGCCCUUGACUCUGACAGCAAUGACCUUAGAGUGCUAUGUGGCCAUUUGCUUGCCACUGCGUCAUGGAGAGCUCUGCACCACCCGCAGGACCCUGCACUGCAUCCUCAUCAUCCACGGCCUGAGCCUGUUGCCCGUCACAGUAAUUCUCAGUGUUUUCUUCAUCUCAGCUCCUCCCAUAUACUACUCCAUUCAAAGAGUCUGCUCCAUGGACAUGUUUGUCUUUCUCAAAUGGCAGGAUAAUGUUAAGUUGGUUUUAUAUCAGGUGUAUUUUCUUGCAAUGGCUGCCACCAUCUGUUUCUCCUUCAUUAAAAUCAUGAAGGCAGCCAGAGCUGCUUCAAGAGAAGAUAAAAAGUCAGAGAAGAAAGCACUUAGAAGAGUGUCACUGCAUGGUUUUCACCUGCUCCUCUGUCUAGUCCAGCUGUGGUGCCCUUUCAUAGACACUGCCGUUCUUCAUAUCAGUAUUACACUGUUUAUUGAUGUCAGAGUUUCAAAUUACAUUCUGUUUUAUCUUUCUCCAAAGUGUUUGAAUCCACUCAUUUAUGGCCUCUGGGAUGAGAAGAUUCUCCAAGCUCUGAAAAAGAAAUUCCUGUCAUGGAGACAAGAAAAAGAAUAGGAAACAAAGUCUAUAGGAGCUAGACGUUUGCAAAAUGUUUAACUUGAUCUUUGUUGGAGCACAGUUUGGUUUUAUUACAGAAAUAAAUCUAUCAAGGCACAAGUUGUUUUUGCUUUUAAAUGAGUCACAUCUCCUGAGUCACACUACAGGUUUUUGAUUGAACUUACUGCAUCAUUGCUGGACCAUUAUUAAUGCAAGAAGCCAAUUGAGGUUGAUCUUUAACAGGGUUUAAUCCUCGUGUAAUUCUACACCAGAACAGAAGAU